UGCCAGACUCUCCAUAACCAAUCUCUCAUUACGUCCUCGGGUGUUUAUUGGAUCGAUCCCGAUGGUGGAUCCCAGGUCAACGCUUUCAAAGCUUACUGUGACAUGGAGACUGAUGGAGGAGGCUGGACACUAGUAUGGAGCUAUUCCUUUACCAACUACAGUCAUUUCAAUGAUGGUUCAAAUGCGAUCAAUCCAAGACCGAAUUGGCUGGUUAAGGCCGAAGCGGAUGUUCCUGUCUCUACAAAUCCUCCAUUAAAUGAAACAGACUACAACGCCAUGAACUUCUCACUCUGGAAACAACUCGGCAGACAGAUCCUCAUCAAGAGCAACAUAAACAACUGGCUGGUGUGUCAUCCGGGACGUGGCAGCCUGGUUGAUUGGCAGGAAGGUGAUAUCAACUGUACGAUCAUCAAAUACGUGGUUGACCCUAGCAAAUCAUCUCCAGCACCUUCCAAAUUUUCAGAAAAAACCAACUAUGGGCCGAUGCUCUAUUCGAGUGGGUAUUGGAACAGCACCUAUUAUUAUUUUGAUGGUUACAAGGGCUAUAAUUGGCCUACCCAUGAUCCUCUUGGAAGAGAUGAGACGAACCAAAAGAAAAAUGUUGUUGAUCCACAUGGUAACAUUUUCAUCCGAGCCGAGUAGUUUAGACGGACAGCAAUAAACUAAUAAACUCUUACACAUAUAUCUUCCAGAAGUAAUUAACAUUUCCGCUCAGAAUAAUUACAUUAGCCAACAAAGAAACGACAUUUGAUGAACGUAUACGUGAAAGCAUCUUGCUCUAUUAGUAAUCUAAUUACACAAUGGAAAAGUAUUGCUACCAAAAGGGAUAAUAUUAGAUCAGAGUUUGGAAGCUCUCUCGGAAACUGUAGACAAUGAUUUCGUUGUUGUUACAUUUCACUAUAAGAUACGGGAAAAUGGUGAUUAUGAUCUUAGUUGUGUUAGAGUAAGAUGGUUGUCUUGUAUGCUCAGCGACGCGUUUGUUAACCUGCUGAUGUGAUUGCUAAGAAAUGUUGUUUAGAUUAUUAAAAAGGUUAUUUAAAAGGAAACGCGUGUUAGUGCGUUUCAUUUUCGAAAGCUGAAGGUUCAAGCAAGUUCCGGAUCCACAUUUAACGGAUGAACACAAACAAAGCACUGGCUACAUUCAUCAUGUAAAGACACUAGAUAAUCUCUCAGAAGUUUAUUUUCCAAUCGAAUUUUUGAUAAUUCAAAUCACCUAGCGAGAUUUUGACUUAAUGAGGUUUUUGCUCACUAUGUCUGCGAUUUCUUACAUUUUUUCCUUUUUUGAAUUAUUUUUCUAUGUUUGUUUGUUUGUUUGUUUGUUUGUUUUCUUGUUUAAACAGUGUUAAGGUCUUGAUGUUUCAAAAAUGACUGUUUGUUCCGCUAAUAUUUACGAUGCUCAAGCGAGCCACAAAACUAGAUAUAUAGCUGCACCCAGCUAAGUAGAGCAAUUUUCAAUCGUUUGUGGAAAUCAAUCAAUCAAUGUUGAACUUAUUUCAGAGGUUUCGCUUUACCUUUAAUUCACGCUCUCUGAUUGGUGUACAAACUCUCGACAUCCUCUCAAAAAAUUGGACGCAAUACAAAACUAAUCUUCAUCUGGCUACAAGCGUUUUCCCGCGCCUUUCGCAGUGUCUAUUUUUCACUUUAAGUUCUUAUUGGCCAAUGAUGAUGUAACCUUUGUUCUGGUUGGCUGUUACGAUUUCUCAUUGUGAUUAUUUUUGGUGUAUUCCACACUCAACUAAUACCUUAUCCGUAUUUGACGUAAUCAAGUAGGUACUGCUCAAUAGGGUUUGGGUUUCAGCCUCUCAGUUCUUUUAAUUACGUACCCCUUUUAAAAUCAGGUAAGUAAUUUCUUUAUUCGUUGUAUUAAACGGGACGAGUGGCGGUAGUGGAAGUCUUGAACCAGUUUACAGUACAGCUUAUAGAACACCAAAGGUAUAGACUAAGUGAACUUGACUCAUCUGACCAUAGCUAGAUAAAGUGACUUAAAGGAAUCGAAGGUUAGAAAAUACAUGGAGUCAUCUUUGUUCAAGCUUGUAAAAGUCAUUAAAACGUGUAU